GAGUGUCGGGGCUCCAGCACGUGUGUCGCUCUUCGGGAAUCUCGGGUCACUCCCGCCCCUGGUGAAUUUGUCCGCUGGGACUCCCUUCAGGCCCAAGGAUGAAGGCGAGAAGAAAUAAAAAGCAGGUCCCAAGCUUUCGCAAGUUGCUAAAAACUAGUAAAGUCAAACUUGAAAACAAGCUAAAAAACAAGCAGUUUAAACAGCAAAGCACCCUCAAGAAAUACCGAAAAGAGCAGAGAAAACUAAGGCAAGCUGUGAAAGAUGCGGUGUCUAAGAAACCAGUUCCUCUGGAGGACCCAAAGGACAAACGACCAGGUAAAAGGGUUGAGAGGGAAGAAGAGGAAGAAGAGGAAGCUCUUCCUUUAGAUAUGAUGGAUGAAGAUGACUUACAGUUAAUGAAGGAUUUAGGACAAAGAGCAUCUUUUCUAACGAGAGAUCUUUCUUCUAGUGAGCCUGUUCACGCCAAGAAACGAAAGCAUGAACGCGUUAUAGAUAAAUAUGAAAAAAUACCAAGAACUCUGCAAACUGCACCUGAGAAGGAACUGAUUCAUUUGCUUCCUAUCAAAGAUAAGAGUGGUAUAAUCCCACAGACCAGGGAGAAGCCAGUUAUCAAUACCAAAGAUGAAGAUGAAGAUCAAGAAGAAGAGAUGGAACUUGAGGAAGAUAUCAUUGAAGAGCCCAUUCGAGAACUGACCAUGGAAGAACAUUUGAUGGAGAGAAAGAAGAAACUACAGGAAAAGAAAGUGCAUAUUGCUGCCCUGGCAUCUGCUGUAUUAUCAGACCCAGAGAGUAAUAUUAAAAAAUUGAAAGAAUUACGCUCCAUGCUGAUGGAACAGGAUCCUGACGUGGCUGUUACUGUUCGAAAGCUGGUGAUAGUUUCUCUGAUGGAGUUAUUUAAAGACAUUGCUCCUUCAUAUAAAAUCAGGCCUCUAACAGAAGCAGAAAAAUCUAUCAAGAUGCGCAAAGAAACCCAAAAGUUAAGAGAAUUUGAAGAAGGGCUGGUUAGCCAAUACAAAUUUUAUCUGGAAAAUCUGGAGCAAAUGGUUAAAGAUUGGAAGCAAAGGAAGCUGAAGAAAAGUAAUGUAGUUUCUUUAAAGGCGUACAAAGGUCUGGCAGAAGUGGCCGUGAAGAGCCUGUGUGAGCUGUUGGUGGCACUGCCUCAUUUUAACUUUCACAACAACAUCAUCGUAUUGAUUGUCCCUCUCAUGAAUGACGUGUCAAAAUCAGUGUCAGAAAUGUGUUGUGAGGCAGUGAAGAAGCUCUUUAAACAAGAUAAAUUAGGCCAAGCUUCUCUUGGUGUAAUUAAAGUGAUUUCUGGUUUUGUGAAGGGCAGAAAUUAUGAAGUUAGGCCAGAGAUGUUAAAAACAUUUUUGUGCCUAAGAAUUGAAAAAAGAUACAGAGGAUAUUAAUAAACCGAAAAAGUUCAUGACCUUCAAGGAAAAGAGGAAAACUUUAUCAAGAAUGCAGAGAAAGUGGAAGAAGGCAGAAGAGAAACUGGAGCGAGAGCUUCGGGAAGCAGAGGCUUCAGAGAGUACUGAGAAAAAACUGAAGCUGCACACAGAGACUCUGAAUAUUGUGUUUGUAACCUACUUCAGAAUAUUGAAGAAGGCCCAGAGGUCGCCCCUCCUACCAGCAGUUUUAGAAGGUCUUGCCAAGUUUGCUCACCUUAUAAAUGUGGAGUUUUUUGAUGACUUACUAGUAGUUCUUCAUACUCUCAUUGAAUCUGGUGACCUAAGCUAUCAAGAAAGUCUUCACUGUGUCCAGACUGCUUUUCAUAUUCUUUCUGGGCAAGGUGAUGUGCUGAAUAUUGACCCAAUGAAGUUCUAUACACAUCUCUAUAAAACACUGUUUAAGUUACAUGCAGGUGCCACCAAUGAAGGUGUUGAGACUGUGCUGCAGUGCCUCGACGUGAUGUUAACCAAGCGCAGAAAGCAAGUUUCUCAGCAGCGAGCCCUUGCCUUUAUCAAGCGCCUUUGUACCCUCGCUCUUCAUGUUCUUCCAAACUCAAGCAUUGGCAUUUUAGCAACUACCAGAAUAUUAAUGCAUACUUUCCCAAAAACAGAUCUACUGCUUGACAAUGAAUCUCAAGGAAGUGGGGUUUUCCUCCCUGAGCUGGACGAACCCGAGUACUGCAACGCUCAGAACACUGCUCUGUGGGAAUUACAUGCACUGCGGAGACAUUACCAUCCUGUCGUGCAGAGAUUUGCAGCUCACCUGAUGGCUGGCGCACCCUCUGAAGGCUCAGAAGCACUCAAACCAGAGCUAAGCCGAAGAUCUGCUGCUGAACUUUUUGAGGCGUAUAGUAUGGCGGAAAUGACAUUUAAUCCUCCAGUUGAAUCUUCAAACUCUAAAAAGAAGGAUAAAGUUUUACAGGGGGAUUCACUUUUGAAUGAAGAUUUAAAUCAACUCAUCAAAAGACAUUGCAGUGAAGUUGCUACAGAGUCACCCUUGGAUUUCGCCAGAUGUUUGGAAACGUCAUUACGGUAGUAGAGCGAAGAGAAGGAAGAGGCCGUGGACUUUCUUGUGUAUUCGUGUGUGUGCGGGUACACAUAAAGAUCUGUUGAUAAUUUAGGACUUUUCUUUUAUACAAGGAAACUUCCUAAGAAUGAUUAGGAAGAGGAGGAAUUAGUCUUUGCAUGGUGCAAUUUAUGCUUCAGGUCUGAAAGUGUCAUUUCAUGAAGGGAAUUGAAAGGCUUUUUUUGUCUCCCAGUAAUUGGAAAUUUUUUUCUUAAUGAUGUCAUAUUAAGGUAUAGUUUAAAAGGAAAAAUAUUUGGACUUGAUCUUACUGAAAUGCAGUUACUACAUUAAUAGGACAUAGAGCACAGAAAAAUCGAGAUCUUAAGAUCACUUAAGUGUUCUUAAGAACACUUUUUACCCUUUAGCAGUUCUUUAUAACUAUUCAUUAAGACUAAAUAUUUUAUUGUAAUACCAUCAGUGGAUAUGAGAAACAUUUCAAAUUUGAGUGAGUGUAUUUAUAUGACGAUAUUUGAGAAAAGAAAAAAUGGCUUAAAAUUGGACACAGGUUCAUGCUGAAUGAUGCACGUCAGGAAUAACCUGCUACUGAGUAACAGGCCUGGAUAGUGGCAGGGGGGGAGGUAGGAGUAAAAUCAAAUUGGAAACUGAGGAAAUGACUAAAGGGAAUUGUAUCAUGAAUAAAUACAUAAAAAAGAAAAGGGAAAAAACCCCACAAAUUAAAAACCUUUGCUUCCAGAAGCUCUUCUUUAGCCUGAUGUUCCUGAGAGAAUCUAUCAGAGACCACCACCUAAAAUUGAAUUGCAGAGUUGAGUAAAACCGAAUGUGAAGGAAGGAGCCAGAUUGUGGGAUAGCAGUGAAACGGGCAGACCCACAUGGGAAGGUUCCAGAGGGUAACUGCCACCUGGCCUAUCCUGACCUCUCAGAUGAGACCCUGUCAGUGGAAACUCAAGAGAAAAGCGAAAUUUGAAGUCUUGUUUAUAAAAAACAAACCGAAAACCAAACAAAAAGUUAUCCUGUUCUGUGCCCUCUCCUAAAACAUUAAAUAGUGGGGCCAGCAGGUGGCAUGGUGGUUAAUGUGCUGGACUCCCACUCACUUUCCCUCUCUCUCUGUUUGGUGAUUGCACGUGCCAUGUAGUAAAUCGAAAAAUAAUAAUAGUGAUAAAUAAA